AUGUCGGCUGGGGCGGCAGGCCGCUAUCCCGGGUUGACCAUGAUCAACCACCAGUCCCCGCUACUAGACCGCUGUGCAGAAAUCGCGGGAAAGAAAUGGGUUCUACCACGAGAAGCGCGUGCUUGCAUAACCUCCUUCCCGGUCGACUCAUUGGUCAAGGCUAACAUUAUCGAAGUCGUUAACAAGACACUUGCUUUCCAUACCUCUACGAACUAUCAGAUCCAGGUGCCUCCCCCGUUCGAGAACGACGUGCACGAGGACCUGCACGCCGACCUCCUUAGGAUAAGCGAGCAAGAAUACUCCUCGGACUUUGCCUUCCACCUGGACAUUUACCGCUCGUUUAAACGCGUCAAUGACGGUCAUUGUGGCGUUUACAAUUACUGCUAUGAUUCUUUGUAUGUCACCUACCUGCCGCUGCCGUUGGUCCUCUUGACCGCGAAGGAUGGAUCACAAGACGUAUAUAUCGCGCCCGAGGCAUUUAAGGUCGCCUCCGACGAAUUCAAGGAAGAGGUUGAGUUUUGGCAACAGGCCCUUCCAGGCCAGCUCAAAGGCCAGCUCGCCUCGCUCUCUGGCGCGAAAGUGCUUUUAAUCAACGGCCGCGAGCCUUUCUUCUCUGUAAAUGAAAAUGCCAAAAUAACAGGUAGUUACCAGUCCUUCGCAACUCGUCAGAACUCUUUCUUCGCGAGCUACAGUCGUGGAGCAGCAGGCUGGUCUUACACAAUGGGCAACUUCGCGCAGCAGGUCCACCCUCUUAGCGACUCGGUCGAGCUUACCGUACAGCGUGCGAACAGCACCACGAAUGACACCUUCACGCUUCCUUAUCGCUCACGAUUUGGUUCGGCCUCGAAGAACUUUACCGACUCCGCAUCAUAUCGCGCAAAUAACUGCGUGGCGACGAACAGGACCAAUGGAGUAGACCUGUACGACCACUCGACCACGGAUGCGGUACUCAGAAUCCAGGAAUAUUUCCAGACACCCCCGUCGGUUGCCCACUUCCAGCAGCAGCCUGCGGUCGACCCUCGCGAUGCGAGGAGGGAGCCUAUGAAUGUCAUCAUGGACGGCGUGCCGCUUACGGACAUCGACCUCCCGGAACACCUCCAGCCUGCGAUGCCUGCACUGAACGAGAGCUACAGCGUUGCACAGUUUUAUAUGUUAAGGGACAAUGUUACUGGUGUGCUGGCGCUGGGUAGCUUCUCGGCAAAGAAUUUCACAUUGUUUGGGAGCAGUUUGCUGGCUGGGUUGCAGAAGCUCAAAGCGGAUGGUGCCCAGCGAUUGAUUGUUGAUGUGACUAACAAUGGAGGGGGCUAUAUAUGCAUCGCCCAUUGGCUCCAUCGGAUUAUCAUUGGACCUAAAAAAUCCACUGAGCCGCAAGCCGGCCUAGACAGCACCGCCCGUGCUGGUCCCCUCGCUCAGCUUAUUGUGCAGACGAUAGUCGAUGGAGGCGAUCCCGAGGAACUCCUCUCUUACAACCCGAUCCAGUGGACGAACGCCACGCACCACCCAUUUUCCAACUCGAGCGACUGGUUGAAGCCUGUGCAAGUGACAAUCAAUGGGCAUGAGGACGCCUUUAGUCAAAGACUGGGCCAGGAGUGCCAGCCUUUCCGGUGGGACCCACCCGACCGCCCUUUGUUCAAGCCAAAGGACGUGUUGAUCGUGUCGAAUGGACGGUGUGCAAGCUCUUGUUCCUUGUUUAGUAUCACCAUGGCCAAAGAAGACGGUGUGAAGACUACUGUAUUCGGCGGCAAGAGUGGCGUACCACAAGAAUACUGCGGCACUGUCGGUGGUCAAUCCUCAGGAUUCGCUGAUGUCGACACCGAGAUCAGGUCGACGAAACUCAAAAACCAUACUCUAGCUCCGCCCGACUUCUUGUCGAAUAGCGUUCAAGGCCUUACUUGGAGACUGGGAUUUGGCAUUGAUGUUCCAGAAGAACCUGAAGAAUGGCAAGCCCACCCUGCUGACGUCAAUUUCCCCUUAACAUUAGAAACGCAAGUUCCAUCUAUUUUCGUUCUACGUAUAUUUCUUGAGUUCUGA